AUGGAUGGCGAGGACGUUGAUCUCUACGCCCUCCUUGGCGUAGACAAAUCCGCCAGCCCGAACGACAUCAAGAAAGCUUAUCGGAAGUUGGCACUUAUACACCAUCCCGACAAGGUCCCUGAGGACCAACGUCCUGAGGCGGAGGCCAAGUUCAAGGCGAUCACGCAGGCCUACGAGAUUCUCCGCGAUGAGGACAAGCGCCACCUCUACGACACACACGGCAUGGCUGCCUUCGACCCUUCACGCGGCGGACCCGGAGGCGCCGAAGUCGACCUGAAUGACAUCUUAUCGCAAAUGUUCGGCAUGAACAUGGGCGGCAUGCCCGGCGGUGGGCCCAGGCGUCCAAGACGCAGCCCUGACGAGGAACAGCCGUAUAAGGUCACCCUAGAGGAGCUUUACAAGGGCAAGACUGUCAAGUUCGCCGCCCAGAAGCAGGUCAUCUGUGGUCAGUGUCAAGGCAGCGGUGCCAAGGAGAAGGUCAAGCCCAACCAGUGCGACCGAUGCCGGGGCAUUGGGCGUCAAGAAGCGUUCCGACAGAUUGGUCCCGGUCUCGUCCGUAAGGAAGUCAUCCCCUGCGACCACUGCCAGGGAUCUGGCAUGUACUACAAGGAGAAAGACCGCUGCAAGAAAUGCAAGGGCAAACGCACAGUCAGGGAGACCAAGGCGCUAGAGCUCUACAUCCCCCGCGGGUCCAUGCAGGGUGAACGGAUCGUGCUCGAGGGGGAGGCCGAUCAGCUGCCGGACAUGACACCGGGCGACCUGAUCUUCCACCUCGUCGAGGAGCCACACGAGCGUUUCACUCGCAUCGGCCACGAUCUGUCAGCCGAUCUUCACGUCACCCUCGCCGAAGCCCUGUGCGGCUUCUCACGCGUCGUCUUGAAGCACCUCGACGGCAGGGGGAUCCAUAUCGACCACCCGCGCGGCAAGAUUCUCCGCCCCGGUGACGUGCUCAAGGUUCCGGGUGAGGGUAUGCCCUUGAAGAGGGGAGAGGUGAAGGGCGACCUGUACCUCGUCGUCAAGGUCGACUUCCCCGAGGAUGGCUGGCUGUCAAACGACAGCGACUAUGAGGCCCUGCAGAAGCUGCUUCCUCCUCCCGCGGAACCUAUCAAGGCCGACGAGGUGGAUGACGUCCAAUACGAGGAGAACGCAGACAUCGAGCAGAUGGGUGCUCACCAAGGUGACCCUCGCUACGGCGGUGAAUGGGAGGACGAGGACGACGACGAAGGAGGUCCGCAGUGCGCUACCCAGUGA